AUGGCAGCUCGGCGCGCGCUGAAAGCUGUCUUGGUGGAUCUCAGCGGCACACUUCACAUCGAAGACUCGGCUGUGCCAGGCGCGCAGGAAGCUCUUAAAAGGUUGCGCAGCGCUCCGGUUACCAUUCGGUUCGUGACGAACACAACAAAGGAGUGCAAGAGGGACCUGCUGGAGAGGCUGACAAAGCUGGGAUUUGACAUUGCAGAAAAUGAGAUCUUCACGUCUCUGACUGCAGCCAGAAAUCUGCUGGAGCAAAAGCAGGUGCGGCCUCUUCUCCUGGUGGAUGAUAAGGCUCUGCCUGAUUUCACAGGGAUGGCCACUGAUGACCCCGAUGCGGUGGUGGUAGGACUGGCUCCUGAGCACUUUCACUACGAGAUGAUGAACAGAGCGUUUCGGUUGAUUUUGGAUGGUGCUCCUCUUAUAGCUAUACAUAAAGCCAGAUAUUUCAAGAAAAAAGAUGGCUUGGCUCUGGGACCUGGACCUUUUGUAACUGGGCUGGAAUACGCGACGGACACCAAAGCGACAGUGGUGGGGAAACCAGAAAAAACUUUCUUCCUGGAAGCUUUGCGAGGGACUGAUUGUGCCCCAGAGGAGGCCGUCAUGAUCGGUGAUGACUGCAGGGAUGAUGUUGGUGGCGCCCAGAACGCAGGCAUGCGUGGGAUUUUGGUGAGGACCGGUAAAUAUCGACCAGCAGAUGAAGACAAAAUCAAUCCGGCUCCUUACUUAACCUGUGAGAAUUUCCCAGAGGCAGUGGAACAUAUCCUAGAGCAUCUGCUAUGAGAAAGGGAAGUUUGAAGAGACAAAUGUUUCACAUCAUUUCCUUUAGUCUUGCUUCAAAUAUUAAGGUCACAGGAUCAAUGUAUGUGUUACAUCAGAAACAGAGCCGUCAGCUCCUUCCACUUGAGUUGGGAAAGAGCAAAGGAUGGGUGCGGGCCCCAGCAGUCACGGCAAAGCCUCUUUCCUGUAUUAGUUUCAUGAGGCUGUGGUGAGGGACCUUGGAUGCCCAAAAGGUGAGACAGAAAGUCUACAACCAACACAGCUGCUUUCCUGA